AUGUCUGAAAGGAAAAAGGCCGCAGUCGGACGAAGGGAAAUCCAGAUAUUCCUCAUUGGCUACAUCCUCAUGUCAAUCACCGAGAUAUUCUCCGUCGGCGGCUUCCUCACAAACCAGACCAUUCUCGUCUGGUUCUCGGCCCUCCAUAUUGGCGCCAUAACAGCAACCGCAUGGGUACUGAUGCUUAACGCCGUUGUUGGCUACCAGCUCCUGGACGACGGGACACCUCUCUCGCUUGGACUGGUGGGGACGUCGUUUUUAGCCUUCUUUGUUGGCACGACGUAUGUUGCCGUGGAUACGGGGUUCAACUACACAGGCACCUUCACAAAGGACUCGGACAGCAUUAGGAACUAUGCGCUAUAUGUACUGUAUCUGCUGUUCCCGCUUAUCAUGAUUGCGGCAUAUGUCAUCCUGGAAUCUGUGCUGGUGAUCAAAGUGCUGGGAGAAAAGAUACCAAUGAGACGUCUCAGUGCUGCAGCACUCUCAUUCGCCGUCGGCCAGGUCUUCAACUUCGUCAUCAGCGUACAUCUCUGCGAAGCAACGAACGGAAAGAUUGACGGCGCCCUUUUCGAGACUGGGUUUACACUGAUCGCGGUGAUCUUUUUGUGGUAUUUCUGGAGCAGCAUCACGGAGGACGAGUGGCCGGAGGACACAAUGCGGCCAAUGAGUGAAGCGUACCCUUGA